GCUCCUCUCACCAUCACAAUAUAUCUCAACUCAUAAUACAUAAUGAACCUACACGCUCCUCGGAAAUACAUCCACCACAAACAACGACACCCAAACUCGAACAAUUCCAAACCAGGGCCACCGCCAACUACCAACAUUCUUGGAACUUGGUACAUAACCCGCUCCUCAAGCCCCUUUUGGACAGACAAACGCAACGUCACGAUCAAUCUUUCCACAGACAGAAACACGGGUCCUAUUCCUAUUAACUCGCUCGGGAGUAACGCUACCGUUGUCAUCGUGAACACAACAUCCUACCAGGCUAUGAACUCGGGGCCAGUUCGGUCUACAGCUGGGAUCGAUCGUGUGGUUACUCCCUUCUCAGGCAGAAACGAGGGGUCGAUCACGAUGGAAUGGCGUGGUAGUGGGUGGUUACGGAUUGCGAGUGCACGGUGGGAGAUUCUCGGGUGGGGAGGAGAAGAGGGGGAUGAGUGGAUGGUUGUGUUUGCUGAGAAGUCGAUUUUUACACCGAUGGGUAUCAGUCUUUAUUCUAGGAGGAAGGGUAGCAUCACGAAUAUGCUGUGGGAUGGGAUUGAAAGAGGCUUGAGAGGGUUGGUGGAUGGUUGUUCUGAGCAGGAGAGGGAGGAGCUUAGGGGGCUUGUGGAGGGGAUAAGGGUUGUGAGGCAGGAUUGAGGGCUUACGUUGAUUGGUUGUGGUUUUAGGCGUCGUCAUUUCGAGGGUAGGGUGAACUAUAUAUGUGUUCAUUAGUAUCUAGUCAACGUGAAGCUACUGGCUAG